AUGGAAGGCGGAGGGGAAACUGCCUCGCCGGUGACGGCCAAAUUGCGCGCUUCUCGCCGACGCCCGCCGCGCGCUUCCCGUGCCUGCGAGACUUGUCGAGUCCGCAAAACCAAAUGUGAUCAAGCUCAGCCUUGUUCUUAUUGUGCCUAUCAUUCGCUCGACUGUUUGUAUAGAGCUGCAGGUCCCAGCGAGAACUCGUCUAUAGUAAAACGCCAAGCGCAGAUUCGCGAGGCUCAGAGACAGAAAACCAGACCAUCACCAUGGCCAGAUGUCGAUCAGAGCCGCUAUGACAGCUUCCAGCACGUCAAUCCCCCAGACCAUUCCAGCAGAGGAAUACCCCGCAUCGCUCGAAGUGAUGGCAGCGUCAAUGCUAGUUCGCCCGACCAUCUCACUCCCAAGCGCGAUGAUGACACUAUGCCCGCCGCCACGCCUGAGCUAGUCUGCGACUCAGCCUCAAGAGACGGGUUGAGCGGUGUCAACAUUCACACAAAUGGCACAGAAUUCUACGGCAAUUCCUCUAAUCUGGCCUUCCUUGGCAACUUGUAUGCACGAGCCCGUACCCAGGCAGGCAUUAGAGGGUCAACCGUCCCUGGUAAUGAGCAUAUUCAUGCUCCGAUUGAGGGCCAUACCGCGGCUUCCGACACGGUGCAAACCAGCAAAGAUGGAUUGAACCAGUUGACACCCAGCCCGACGGCAGACACGCAGUCGGAGGGUGCGCGUCCUACAACCAACACAACGCAGCUUUCUAUCGUGAAUCUGCUUUACAAUCCAAAAUAUCCGAGUCAAUCUCCCCUACAAAGUGAUGGGCAAAGUGUAAUUGACAGCGGUGGAACCGCGAAGAAUGUGGUGAGCUCGCAGAACACAGCUAAGGGAUAUACAGGUGAGCACAAACCAACACUUAACCACGAGCAUGAUGUCAUACCAAUGAUCGAGAGCCUAUCAGAAGAGGCACAGAUUGAAAUCGAGAAAAUGUUCAUUGGAAGUUACUUUUGCAACAAGCAUUAUAUACACCCUAUGCUGUGCAAAGGCAAAUUCAUGCAACGUUGCGAGAAAGAGGCCUUCGUGAUAAGCAGGAGAACCAGCUUGCAUCGUGGAUCCUCAAAGUUCGCUGGGUUAUACUUCGCUGUGGUCGCGUUGGGUGCGAUCAACGCCAGUCCACAUGAGACGGCCCUGCUAGACCAUUAUUGCAACUACAGCCCCAUUUCAGGGAGAGCCGGGACCACAAGCAGACCAUCUGUGUUGGACUUUGCUGAUUUCUAUUUUGGCCGAGCCAAGCGGGCUCUGGGAGAUCUAUUCGAAAGCUGCAGCUUGGAGGGAGUGCAGGCGCUUCUACUCCUGAGUGUGUUCUGUCAGAACGCUCUUCGACCGCAUAGUUGUUUCAUGUAUAGUGGAAUGGCGGUCCGAACCGCUGUAGCCAUUGGACUGGCAUCAGGGAUGACGUCCUUGUCCCCAGGUGUUCGCAAAGAAGGAAUUCGGACUUGGUGGUGUAUUUAUUCGCAUGAGAUUGAGAUGUGUUGCUCUUCUGGUCGCUUAGACAGCAUGAAAGACCUGCAGUACUACCAAGUUCCCUUACCUAUUUUGAAGGUCACUCCCGGCAACCUACUUGAUGCCGAUGCCGAAGACAAUCAUGUGGCAAUGAUUCCAGCAAUGGCGGCGCUAGCACAAAUCAUGUCCGAGGCAUCACACCUUCUCUACCACUCUCCCAAGCGCUCAGUGGGCGAGAUGUCGCAUAUUGCCAUAGAUCUAGACAACAAACUGCUGGGAUGGAAGUCUACUUUACCUGAAUUCUUAAAUAUCGACGCCGCCUCGCUCAAUGAUACAGAGUGGGCCUUCAAACAGAAACUCGUGCUAAGACUAAGAUAUUACAAUACCCGAAUCCUGAUCCACAAGCCUUUCCUCGCCGCAUCAGCCUCCAACACCGAAGCCCCAAAUAUCCUCCAGCACCUGCACGCCUGUCUCGAUGCCGCGAGAACCAGCAUCCACAUGCAGUACGAAUCAUUCAUACACCGGAUCUACAUUCGUACCUGGUGGUACAACACCUCCUACGCCCUCUACGGUGCCAUGAUUCUCCUCCACCUCAUUCUCUCGGGAUACCCCAGCAUCCGCGACGAAGACCUGCUACUCGACGUAGAGAAGAGUCUCGACAUCUUUGAAUCGAUGAACAACAUCGUCGUCGCCCGCCGUUGCGCCGAGAUGAUCCGCGAGGUCCUUGAAGUCGCACGAGCCUGCGUAGCUCGACGUCGCACCCCCCACUACACCUUGUCCACUUCAACCGUGCCACCACCGCCGCCACUGCCAAUAACCGGCCCAGCGAACCCGUCUGCUUCCUCACCUGCACCAUUCGGCCUAGGCAACCCGCACACCCAGCAACAGCAAGCUGCCACAAACCCCGCGACCAGCACAGCACCCGGCGUCGACAACGAUUUCUUUUUUUCGCUGUUCAAUCCCGACUCGCAGCCCAACGAUACCCGCGCCGAGAUCCUGGCGAAUCUGGUGGAUCCCAUCAUCCUCGAGGACUUUGCGUUUGGGAACGGGGCCAGUGAUUUUUCGUUCUUUCUUGGAACCUGAAGCGGAAUCUGGAGUUCUGAUUAAGAUGUUCUUAGUGAGCAGCGGGAGGCGGGG